AUGGAAUGGUUUGGAUUGAAUUCAGAUUAAAGUCUUAGUUCAUUAACAUAAAUUGAUCCCACUCUUUGUACACCAACAUCCCCUACUUAUCUAGCUGGAGGAAGAGAUAAAAUUUGGAGAAAAAUUCAAAUGCCAACCAAUAGAAAAUUCUCUGCUAUUAGAAUCGAAUUAGAUUUUUAUUAUAUUGAAUAGAUGAAUGAAGUUUAAACUAUGGUUUAUUUGAAUUAAGUAAUUAUUAGUGAAACUCUUUAAUCUUAAUCUUUUUUAAGUACUCCAACAUCUGUAAUUUAUUGCAAUAGACCUGCAAGUAAUAACACUGCUGAUAGCUCUGCGUUUAGAUUAAAUUAUUUUAAUGAAUUUAGAGAGAGUUAGAUUGAGAUAUUUAUUGAAUAAAUAGGACUUUAGCCUAUUAAAAUAUAUGCCUUAUCAGGAUUUUAUUUAUAUGUAUAAUUUUGUGAUCUCUAUUGUGAAAUAUGUAAUGAAUAAGGAUAAUGUGAGAGAUGUUAAGAAGGUCUAAAAUUAAUUGAAGGAUAAUGUAAUUGCUCAUAUAAUGGUGAAAGUUAUAAUUCACUAUUUUAAUUAGAUACACCAAAUAUAUAAUGUUUAAAUUCUUGUCCUAUAGGAUAUGUUCCUGAUACAUAAGGAAUAUGUCAAUCUGGAAUAUCAAAUUUAUUAUUUUAAGAUCUAUUUGGAGAUUUCAAUACUUAUUUAUUUUAUAUAAUAAAAGAUAAAUACUAUUCAAAUUUAACUGAUAAUUCUAAUAGAAUUGCAUAAAUUGGGAAUUAAAAAAUGGCAGGCCCCUUUUUUUAUAAUGAAUAGAUAGCAUAUUCAUAGUUAUCAAUAAUUGGUAAUUCUGAAAUAAUGAUCAAAUUAAGAAUAUAUUUCUUAAGAUAUCAAUAAUCUAAGUAAGUGGGAGGACAAAUAUGUUUAAAAUUUAAUAAUUACACAGUUUUAUAGAUUUAUGAUUAUAGUUAUCCUGUAUUACAUCAUUCAUAAGGAACAGCACAUGUAAAUAAUAUUUAGAUUUGCAAUUUUUAAUAAUCUGAUAAUUGCUAUUAGAGUGAUAUCUAUUUUUAGAUGUAUUUAGAUUAUGAAAUUAAUGAAAUAACAUUUGAAGGAUAGUUUACAAUCAUUUAACCACUUAGAGGAUGGUGUUUAUCUAAUUUUGAGAUUCUAGAAUAAUAAAUCACAACGAGUGUAUACUAAUGUAUUGAUAACUGUUUAACCUGUCCAUUUAGAUAACCAAAAUCAUGUAUUUCAUGUAAAUCUGGAUAUUUUAAAUUUGCAAAUAAAUGUUUAAUUAAAUGCCCAUUAUAAACUAUGUUGAUAGGAAAUGAAUGUGUAGAAAAUGGUAUGAGUGGGUAAUUUGAUUACAUAUUAAAUAUUUUAUAUGAUGAUAAUAAUUAUUAGGAUGAAAUUUAGAAUUUAAGUUAGAAUUAUGAAGGUUAAUUAUCUAAAACUAGUAAGUUUAUGUAUAAUUCAAAUAUAUAUUCAGUAUUAGGAGGAUUCUCAAUUUGGAGUUAUGAAUAAAUAUCUCAUCUAAUUAAAAAUGAUAGACCAUUCUACAAAGCUUUUAUAAAAUUAAAUGUAGUUUGCAUUGAUUUAAUAUUUAAUGAGAUAUUUCAAAUAUUUGUUAAUGUUACCGGAGUGACUUAUAAAAUUACAACUGCUACUCCAAAUUUAAAUGAAUUUAAAUUAAUUUCAGUUGGAAAUAUAAUGGGUUCAGCAUAAUGGAAUGAAUAUAUAGCUGAAGUAUUUAUUGAAUUUGCUUCAUUCUAAUCAAUUGAUAAUUUGUUAUUAACAUUUUCAAUAUCAUAAUUUAGAAAUUAAUCUUAAUACUAUGGAAUAUUCAAUUAUAGAGUUAUGGUUUUACCAUGUCCCUAAUUUUGUAAUUAAUGUGACUCUUCUGGAAAUUGUCAAAAUUGGAUAAAACAUAUUUCACUAGAAUCUGGUAAUUGUGCAAAGGGAUACUUUUAUGAUUACUAAUUUAAUUCUUGUUCUUAAUGCUUAGAUGGAUGUUAUGAAUGUUCAAAUUCUUAUUAAUGUAUUUAAUGUUUUCCAAAAUAUUCUAAUAUACAUGGUUAAUGUUAUUGUUCAACAACUUAGGAAUUAAGUAAUACUUGUACUUAUAAAUAUCCUUGUAAUAAGGGAUGUUUACUUUGUGGAUAUAAUAUUGAAGAUAAUCUAAAUAAAAUUUAAAGAUGUUUAAUUUGUGAUGAAUCUAAUCAUUAUUGGAUGAAUAUUAAUAAAUGUAGUUGUUUAGAAGGAUAUUAUAUGGAAGAUUAAAUUUGUCAACCCUGUUCUGAAUUAUGCCAAGCAUGUCAUUAAUACCCUAGACUUUGUACUAAAUGUGAUCCUUCUUUAAAUAGAAUUUUAAAGUAUUAAUAAUGUGAAUGUUUAUUUGGUUAUUAUUCAUAAGAAUCUUUUAAAGAGUGUUUUAAGUGUAAUAUAACUUGUAAAACUUGUUAAUUAUAAUCUACUGUUUGUACUAGUUGUUAUAUUGAUUAAUUUAGAAAUCUACUUGAAAAUUAAUGUUUAUGUAAAGAUGGAUAUUUUGAUUCAGGAAAUGAAAUUUGUACUGAAUGUGAUAAAAUAUGUAAAACUUGCUUAGAUAUAAUUACAUGUUCAUCCUGUUAUUAAGAAUAAAAUAGAAAAUUAAAUUUAAAUAAUACUAAAUGUAUAUGCGAAAUUGGAUAUUAUGAAAUAGAAAAUAAAUUAGAAUGUGUACCUUGUCAUUUUUCAUGUUAAUUUUGUUAAAAUUCUGAUUAAAACAAUAUGUGUAUCAGAUGUCCAAUUACUAGAGAACCCUCAACAAAAACUACUAUUUUCUCAUGUAUUUGUAAAAGAGGAUAUUAUGAAUCAAACAUGAUGGAAUGUUUAGAUUGCAGAAAUUAUUAAAAUCCUCCAGAUACUCAUUACUGUUAUAGUAAAUGUGGUGACAAUAUUAUAUAAUGGAAUGAGGAUUGUGAUGAUGGAAAUCAUAAUCAAAAAGAUGAAUGUAGCUUUUGUAUAUUUUCUCAUUCAUAUUGUCAGAAUCCGCUAUGUAAAUUAUGUUAAAUGGGAUAAUGUUAAAAUUGUAUAGAUGGUUAUUUUCUUAAUUAAAAUAAUCAAUGUGAAUAAUGUGAUUAAUCAUGUUAAACUUGCAAAAAUAAAUCAAAUGAUUGUUUGAUUUGUAAUUUAUUAAAUGAAAAUGAUUUAACUUGUAUUAUUUGUGAUAGUAGAUAAGGAUUUUAAUUAAAAGAUGGAAAAUGUAUAAAUAUUUGUGGUGAUGGUCAAAGAGUUAUUAAUGAAGAAUGUGAUGAUGGAAAUUAAUUCUCUAAUGAUGGGUGUUAUAAUUGUUUAAUUGAAAAUGAUUGGAUAUGUGAAGAUAUUUGUUAAUAAAUCAACUAUCCAUAUCUGAUAUUUGAAGAAAACCCUUACAACAAUUUAUUUUAAGAAUAGAGAAAUCUCAUUUUCAAGUCAAGUAUUCCAUUAAAAAGCUAAAGUUCUUUUUUAGAUAUUUGUUAAUUUAGUACUAAAAAUGAUUAAUAAAAAAUUGAAAUUUUACAAUUACAAGAUCUUACUGAUUAUUUUGAUGAAUAUGUCAUCCUUAAAAUCCAUGUUUAGAUCUUAUUAAAGGAUAAAAAUGAAAAUCCUAUCCUCAUAUGUUCUAUUAAAAAUCCUUAAAACUAUUAAUCAAAAUAAGGAAUAACUUUUAAAUAAUAGAUCUUUUAUAUUUAAUUAUUAAAAUAUCUUAAACCGACUUAACAAGUGAUAAAUGCAACAGAAAGUCUAAUAUAUCUUAAUAAAUAUGUUUUAUAUAUCCUUUUGGGUUUAGCUUUACUCUCUAUUAUUGUAGGAGGAUUGCAUAUCUUUUGGAACUUAUUGGAUGUUUUAUAAUUGAUUUCCUAUUUUUAAUUCUUUAAUAUUCUAUAUCCAUAUAAUGUAGAUACUUAUUUUUAACUAUUUGAUUUUGCUCAAUUUGAUUUCCUUAAAGUUUUUCUUAGUAUUGAAGAUUUAGUUAAUAGCUAUGUUAUAUCACCUGAACCUCAUUAUAAAUUUGUUCUUAAAGGUUAUUCAUCUACUUUUUACAUUAAUGCAUUUACUGUUUUUAUAACAUUUAUGACUACAUUAUCUAUUUAUAUCUUUUGUAUUAUUGGAUUUAAAAUCGUAACUAAAUUAAUUACAUAUUAUACUUCAGAUAAUCUAUAUAUAGAUUAUGAACCUAACUUUAUUAAAUAUCUCAUUCUUCGAAUAAUUAGAUAUGUCUAAAAAAUCUUACUUAAAAUUAUUUAUUUUCUUGGAUCUGGAUUUUUAAGAACUUUUAUGUCAGUUGCAUAUGAUUACAAUCUUGCCAUAUUUCUACAGUUAUAAACAUACAAUAUUUAAAAUUCCUUUUUAACUUCAAGUCUCAUAAUGAGUGUUUUAUUUUUUUCAAUUCAAGUGGUUUUUAUUUUUUAAGGAUUCUCCAUAAUGAAUAACCAUCCUUAUCAUUUUAAAUAAUAAUAGGUUAUAUAAAAAUAUGGAGCCAUAUUUGAAAGUAUUAAAAUAAGAGAAUCAAAACCUUACUCCAAAUUUUAUAAUCUCAUUCUUUUAUGUAAAAAAGUGUUUUUCAUUUUUAUUUUGGUAUUUUGUUAUUGCGAAACCUUAUUCACUAUAUUAACUUGCUCAUUAUUAAAUGUUGCAUUUAUCAUCUAUUUACAAUUCAAUAAACCUUUAGAAGAUAUUUAUGAACAUUAUAAAAUUAUUGGUUCAGAAAUUAUUAUUUUUUUAGUUGAAAUAGUAAUAGUCAUAUUAUUUUGUUAACAAAAAAAAGAAUCAAAUGAAGACAAUGAAAUAUUAAUUGGUUGGUUCAUAAUCACAUUAUGUACAUUUUUAAUAUUAUUUUAAUUCUUUCUUGAUGUUAAACAGCAUUUUGAUUAUCUGAUUAAAAUUUAUUAAGUUCUUCGUAAUAUCAUCUCAAGAAUUAAGAAUUAUUUUACAAAACCACUUUAAGCUCCUUAAGAAUCAAAAGCUUUUUUAGAAUAAACUACAAAGUCUUAAUAAAUUAUUUUAGAAUAAACUAUACAGUCUUAAAAAUCUUAACAGUUUAAGUCAAGGAAGGUUGUGACAUUCAGGUUAGAUAACUGA